AUGUUGCCUCAAAUCCUUUUUACGGCGCUGAGCUUUCCUGCCCUCAUAUUUUCCCAUUCUUCCCCAGAAGUCUCCGUCCUCAAGGAAAAAAUAUGCAUAGUAGAACCCUCUACAGACGGCAGCGAUAGCGCCCCAGCCAUCAUCCGCGCCUUCUCAGAAUGUGGUCACAACGAUGGAAUCACAACCCACGGAACCGUGCUAUUCAAAAACACGACCUACAACAUCCAAACUGUAAUGAACACCACGAAUCUCUCCAACGUCAAAGUCGAUCUCCACGGUACACUACUAUGGUCAACCAACAUCACAUACUGGCUCAAUAAUUCUCUCCCAGUCGGCUACCAAAAUCAAAGUAGUGCAUGGUUAUUCGGUGGUCGGAAUAUUCAUUGGGAUGGUCAUGGAUAUGGGACGCUCGAUGGUAAUGGAGAGGUUUGGUAUGAGUUUAUUAAUGGCACAAAUAAUUAUCCUGGAAGACCGCAUCAGAUUACCUAUACUGGGGUGACGGAUUGCGUGUUUGAGAAUAUUAGGUUUGUGCAGAGUCAGAUGUGGACGAUGACGUUGAUUUAUGCGGAAAAUAUUUUGUUGGAAAAUAUUUAUGUUAAUAGUACGGAUGUGAGGCCGGUGGGGUUUGAAUUUAGUAGUUUGAAUACUGAUGGUGCGGAUACGAUAUAUGCGAAUAAUAUCACGUUUCGUGGUUGGACGGUAGAUAAUGGUGAUGAUUCCAUCUCCAUGAAAGCAAACUCUAGCAACAUCCUCAUCGAAGACUGUGAUUUCCACACCGGGCUCGGCGUAGCCAUCGGAAGUAUCGGUCAAUACGAGGGUAAAUACGAAAUAGUAGAAAAUAUAACAGUUCGCAACAUCCGCUCCUAUAAUAUGCGCUAUGGCGUCUACAUGAAAACCUGGACGGGUCUCUCGACCGGCUAUCCCCCCAACGGAGGAGGCGGCGGUCUAGGACAUGCGAAAAACCUUUCCUUUACCGAUUUCACUCUCCAUAAUAACACGGGUAUCUUCGCCAUCACACAAUGCACAUCGUAUAAUUCCGCAACGGGGAAUUGCGACACGUCGCUCUUCCAGUUUUCGGAUAUACGAUUGCGGGAUUGGAAGGGUACGGCCACUAGUGAUGUGGUGGCGGAGUUGCAGUGUAGUGGUGCUGCGCCGUGUACCGGGGUGGUGAUUGAGGGGAUGAAGGGGAUUUGGGAUACGGUUAAUGGGACGAGGCCGGUGCAGUUUCUUUGUGAUGGGGUGGUGGGUCAGGAGGGGUUUAAUUGUACCGGGAAGCCGUUUGGGGAGAAUCCUAGGUAG